AUGAAACACGCCACGCUGACGUCGUACGUCAAGCAGCUGCAGACUUGGCUGGAAUGGGACGUCACGCAGGGCGACGACGGGCCCGCAAAGCAGCUGUUUGUCGAGGCGUUGACGGACAUUGCGGCACUGCCACUUGAUAGCAUGAGUAUGGAGAUCCGACGGCUGCUCGUCGUCUCGGGCACUGCCGUAGUGCGACCGCAGACAAGUGCAAGUCGAGAGGAGUCAAACGGAGCAGCAAACAAUGCGCGAAAGGUGCACUUGGACCGCGUCGUUGCAGCGCUCAAUGCACGGGACGUGCUACUGAAGUGCAAAGCUGCAAACGCAGUGGGGUCGCUGAGCAUUUCUCGCGUUGCUGGCCAGCAGCUGCUCGAUUCGUAUGGAGACGCGAUAGUGCAAAGUGUAGCCAAGAUGGCGACCCGGAAGAACCAGUGGGUGCAAGGAGAUGCUUUCUUUGUGCUCGGGUGGAUGGUCGUGAUUGCCGACGAAGCCAUGUUGACGACGAUUGCUGCCUUGCUGCCGACAGUGGUCAAGUGCUUGCACCGGAAUGUCAAGUUGCCGUCCAACGUCAAGCGUGGAGCUGAUGGAGAGGACGCGAUGGAAGGACGAGUAGCGCAACAAGCGAGAGCGACGGCCCCGUUGUCAGAGAAAGAGUCGAACUUGCGGGUGUAUGCGCUCGUGCUGCUGCUGAAUUUCAGUCAACGACGUGUUGAGGUCUUUGAGGCUCAGUUGGAGAGGUUGCUACCCAUGUUGAAAGACUUGGUGAUGGAGUUACUUGAGCCGACACCGCCUCGAGGCACCACUAACGAGUCAUCGACUACUUCAUCGACUUCAGUGGUUAGUACGCUCGAGUAUGCAGAAGUUUUGAGACUGGUCAUUACUCUGUUAAGCGUGCUCGUAGAUCAGCUGGGCAGCGCAGCAUGUCAACUACUGGAGCUCAGGAUAUUGCCUCACUUACUGAAACUGAAACGCGUGCUGGACGCUGCUGCACUUCGGGAACUACUUGGUGAAAGAGAGAGUCAAGACGUUGAAGAAAGACUGGAAGCUGUCGUUGAGACCCUCGUCCAUUGCCGGUAG